GAAAGGGCCUUUAACUGAUGCAAAGACAGAUGAAGCAGAAAAGCAAGCAGAUGCGGAAGCAGGAAAGCAGACGGUGGCGUCAGCGGAAGCGGAAGCGGAAGAGAAGCGGGUAGCCGAUGAAAAAGCAGCAAGUCGGGCAGCUGCAGCACAGAAGGCAACAAACGACGUAGCUGAG